GCGGCAACGCUGGUCGCAUCUAUAUUAAUCUAUGGUUAGGCUGUGAGGUUAGGUAUGUUUGAUCAUGGAUUUUAGUGCGGUACCAAUGGUGAAAGUUAACCGAAAUUAAUUCUGACAAAAACAAAAGUCAAAUAAAGCAUGUCUGCUCUAAGAUUCAGAAGACCCUUGUUAAAUUGCGUCAAAGAAUAUAGAUAUGUGUCCACUGGACUGCCCCAAGAAGAUCAAUAUUCGUACACUCCGCAAUACCCACCAAUUCUUGAUAUAUCCCAUGAAAAAGUAGCCGCAAAAAAGAAAGAGGCAGAGUAUGAAGCAAUCAAAGCAGUUAAAACAGUUGAAGAAAAACAAAUUAAGCUGAACAUGUCGAAGUAUUAUGGUUUUAAGUGUUACAUGCUUUUAGAAGAGUAUAUCCCAUACAAUAAUUUGGAGUUGAUUCAACAUGUGACGAGGACCCAUUUAAUACGAGACGAAAAUUUACCAAACUUUUACAAUGGAAUUGAUGUCAGCAGUUUACUAACUGCGGUAAAAAAUGAUAUAGAAGAAACAAUUUUGAUUGAAAUGGAUCAGUGCAGGCAAAAGGUAGAUUUACAUAAAGUGCAAUUAAACAUAGGGGAAAGAGAAAAUAUUGUUAGUUCAGCUUUAAGUAAACAAAUAAAUCGAAUAAUUAUUAACAGUAUGUCUAAACAUUAUUCUCACAUAGAUAGUGCACAGGUUGAUUUUAAUCCAAGAAUUGAGUCACUAUGGUUUGCUGGUGGUAUGGACCCUCCUGAAAAUAUUAAGAGGUGUAAACGUGGACAAGAAUGGCGUAAAAAUGAAGUGGAUGCACCUACAAAUCGCGCUAUGAAUUACAUAGGCACAGCUAGUGUAGCCUUGAGGUCUAAUAAGCCAUUGCGUCCAAUAUUAUCACUGAGUGAGUCUGAAAAUCCAGAUUUUAUUGUCCCCCGUUUUAAACUGGAUCCAAGAACAGUGGGUACAGCAAAUCAAUUCAGGCAUAUUGCCAAUAUACCAGGGUUUUGGCCUGGAGAUCCGAACCAAUUUGGACUUUUAUCAUACCACCAGCGUGGUCAUCAUUUAACACGCCAUUAUAAAGAUCCUGAAGAUAACCUACGAGCUAUUGAUAGGCAGGGAAUUUUAUCAUCUUUUGCAUGGUUAAACAGUCAGGCGAACUUUCUCGGUUUUACUACGUUCAAUGACGUUACCUACCCACUCUUAACGCAAACCAUAAUAACGAAUGGUCAGCUUUGGUCAUUCUUCGUGUAUCAGUUGAAUACUGUUUUGAUUCAUUCAAAACAUAUUGAAGAUAAUCCCCAACGUAAUAUCUGUUGGACAACCCCUGUUCUCAAACUUUAUGAAGGCAUUGUGGAUGGAAAAUUGGUAGGUUUCAAUGAUCAAGUUUUGCAGAAUUUAUUGAAAUUUUACGCCAAUGUCCCGGAAGAGAGAUUAGGCGUUGAAAUGAGGCCCUACUUGAGUAAGGAAGAGAAAGUAUGUGGAGAUUAUCAGGACGAUGAUCAGAGACAAUGGCUUGAGAGAGAAUACAAGCAUUUGGUCUCCAAUAGACCCAGACAUGCUCUAGAUUAUGAAAUCUAUGCUUGGGAGAAAAUUUAUAAAAUUGAUCAUGAGACCAAGUUUUUAGACAAAAAGAGAAGGCCGUUUGAAUAUGGGAUUAAACCAUGGAAUAGAAAAUUAGAUGAAAGACUACCUAGGUAUAUACCAAGGGUACAUAGACCGCAUUUACCAAGAUGGAAAGGUCGGUAUGCAAAAGAAUAUUUUCCCUAAGGUGUGUGUAGUAUAACAAAUAUAGCAAAAUUAAAUCCAAAUAAAAACUUGAAAAUAU